GUCACCAUUUAGGGGGAGAAAUCGCGAGAAGACACGGGCGCCUUUGAGUCCUCUAAACGCAGGAAUCGUAAUAAACCCGGGUCAUCUGUCGAUCCGAUGAGUUUCGGGGGUUUGCUUCCUCCCCGCUGCUUCAGAAACACGCAGUCGCGCUGCUGGAGCCGGACGGCGGACGGGAUGAUGCGGCCCGUCAGCCUCAGCAUCCUCCGCCGGCAGUGACCGCGGAGGGGCCGGCAGGGAGGGGUCCAUCCAUCCCGGGGCUUUUUCCUCCGCAUGGAGCCCGGAUAUGUGCAAGCAGCGAUGGCGAUGGCAGAAGUGUCGAAGAGGGUGUCGGCUCGAAACGUGGCGGUGGAGAGAAAAAACCUCCUCACGGUCUGCAGGUUUUCCGUUAAGACUCUGUUAGAGAAAUACACUGCCGAGCCCAUCGAUGAUUCAUCCGAAGAGUUCAUAAAUUUUGCAGCAGUCCUUGAACACAUCCUCAGCCACCGUUUUAAAGGCUCUAGUAGCUGGUUUGACGGUCAGAGGAGUUAUUGGGACUACAUCCGCCUGGCAUGUGCUAAAGUCCCCAACAGCUGCAUCAGCAGCAUUGAAAGCAUGGAAAACAUCAACACAUCUCGAGCGAAAGGUCGAGCCUGGAUGAGAGUCGCCCUCAUGGAGAAGAGGCUGUCUGAGUACAUCGCCACUGCUCUGCGAGACAGCAGGACAACCAGGAGGUUUUACUCAGAAGGAGCCAUAAUGCUGAGAGAAGAAGCCACAGUGCUAACGGGGAUGCUCAUUGGGGUGGGAGCCAUAGAUUUUAGUUUCUGCCUGAAAGGAGAGGCCCUGGACGGGAAAUCCCCGGCGGUGAUCGACUACACUCCAUACUUGAAAUUCACACAGAGCUAUGAAUACUUGAGCGAUGAUGAUCAGCGGAGCGUCGACAGCAGCGCCAGCGACGACAGCCUCCCCGAGCAUCCGUACGUCCCGCUGGUCACCGACGACGAGAGCUGGAGCACGAAGUGCCGCAAAAUGGAGCAGAGGUUCAAGAUCGUCAACGCUCAGAAGGGGUACCUGGAGGAGCUCGUGCGCCUGCGUGAAUCUCAGCUGAAGAACACAGAGACGGAGAACAAGAAGCUGAAAUCUCAGCUGGAGGAAAUUCAGAGCCAAAGCCAACAGGAGAAGAAGGAGCUAGAGGAUGUAAUCCUGGAGCUGCAGGAGCAACUGACGAGCCUGAUUCCAUGCGACUCCAACCAUCUGGCCAAAGAUCUGCCGAUCCCCCUCAUCAACCAGUGGCCGACCCUUGACCCCUACAACAUCCAAGAGGACAUGAAGCUUUUCCGCAGGAGGAGUUUCCCGAGCACGGAGCUGCUGUCAGUGGAGGUCAGUCUGGACUCCGACUCCCAGAGGAUCGAGGGCAAACAGAACGGAGGAACCUGGUGCACAGGAAAGGACUACACCCCCUCCAUGAUGGGCCUGUGUGGGUCUUUGACUUCUCUUCCAAGCACCAAAUCUCUAGCUAGCUUCAAAUCAAGUGAAUGUCUGGUUAACAUCAGCACAGAGAACAGCCCUGCUCUGUCUCCCAGCUAGGGGGCGCCAAAGACGCACUGGAAAAACAGACAAUUCAACUGUUAGACAAAGUGACUGCUCCUCACUGCGAUGGCCUGUUGGCCUCUAUAGAUACAAAAGGAGAGUACAUUAAUGCAAAAAAUAAAUAAAUAAAACAACUCAGAAGUUUUGAGAUGAAUCUCAGAAAUAUUCUGGAAAAAAAUAAG